AGGCCCUGAACUUAGUCGCGCGCGGUGAACGUUCCGUCCUACUGUCGAAUCUUCGCGCGCGUCUCGUCGAGAGUGACAGUUCGAAAACUUCUUUUACACGGAAGACAAAUGCUAUCGUUCGACUCAUGAAUAUCGUUACAUUGUCAUUAAAUUAAUGGAAUGCGAACAACUUCUGUGGGUACUUCAAGGAAACAUUGUGUUCUCAUUACUGAUUCAGUAAAUAUCGUAGCAAUCUCGAGCGAAAUGCGUUCGCGUGGAGGCUAAACAGCGGUGACUCGUUGCGUUGGAACGACACGGACUUCACGGUAUACCGUCCAGUCACGUGGCUUCGAGAAUAAAACACGAAGUAUAAUAUCGACGGUAUGUCGCGAUGUCAACAACCGGACAGGCAAAACAGUGCCUAAACGUGACAUUGGUGCGUGCCUGGUGUGAUAAAAGACGACGAACAUUUGUUUAUAGUGUCUCGUGUCAUGAUUGGUCUAGCAAUUUAUUGUUCCACUAAAACGAAAAGUGACAAAGAACCAUAAAUACAAUAAUAUUAACAAGGAUUUUUACAAAUAAUAUCAUAUUCUUAUAUGUGUCGUACACAUAUAUUACAUAUAGAUGUCGAACAAGAAUUAAAUGAAAUUACGAAACAAUCGUGCGAUCGACACGAAGCGUGGUUGAAAAUUAUCGUUGAAAAUUAAUCGGCACUAGUGUGAUUAUCGGACAAAAGCAAGCGUGGUACAGCAGUGUCGACGCGCGAAUAUAUUCCAAAUGCGUCUUGACCGGAAGUUGAGGAUCGUCGCAUUGGCAGGGUGGCAGAGGAUGCCCGGCUCGAGGGCAGCGGCGGGAGACGAGGUUGUAGCAGUAGCAGUAGCGUGCGUCAGGCGCUUCGGUAGCAGAGGUUCUCACUGAGCUGGCUUACCCUGCGGUGGAUUUAGGGGGCUGUAUGGAGGCCGGGGGGCUCCUGCCCCGCCAGCCCCCGCAAGGCCCCCCCGGCACCGCGCCUGGCCCGAUUUCGGUCUGCGUGGGCCAGGCUCCUAAUACCAAUACUAAUAACAACAACGUAAACAACCUGCAAAAUAGCGUCCUAGCUCAAUCAGCCGGGAUUCACGAUCUAAACGCGGCCGGCCAGUUGAACGUAACCAGUCAACAGCUGCAAUUGCAGCAACAAAUGGGUCAAGCACCUGGCAUGGGUGAGGUACUCACCCCCAAGAGGCAGGCGGUCGUCGAUCGUCUGAGAAGAAGGAUAGAAAGUUAUCGACGUAGACAAACCGAUUGCAUACCAAGAUUCGACCAAAGCUUCAACGGUCUAUGCGAACAAAAUAUUCAAGACACACUAGUGCUGAAGCAACGUUUCCUCGAGAGUAAGGCAAAACGGCAGGCCAAGAAAACGGACAAGAAGCAAAGCGAGCCGGUCGGUCUCUCCAGCGUUCACGUGCAGCAAAAAUUCGUGAAGAGGACGGCCGAGGAGUUGGAGCCAGCCGGCGGUGGUAGCGGAGACGGUGGCUUCGGCGAGCCCCCCGUUAAGCUGCAAUGCACGCAGGCACAGCAUCAGCACCAGCAGGGGCCGGGCGGCGGCGGUGGGGGCGGACCCCACCACGGCCACGGCCAGCACCCGGCCGGGAACGGCGCGGGCGCGACGGGGCCUGCGGGCGGGGGCGGCGGGAACGGCGCCGGUAACGAGGGAUUGACCAAGUUCUCCGUCGAGAUCGUGCAACAACUCGAGUUCACCACCUCGGCGGCCAACUCCCAGGCCCAACAGAUAUCCACCAACGUGACCGUGAAGGCGCUCACCAACGCCUCGGUGAAGAGCGACCUGUUGAACGCCUCCUCGUCCCCGAAAUCGGGGCCAGACACCCCCGCCUCGGCCGCCUCCAGGCCCCAGCCGGGCAACCCCGGGCCGGGGCAGGCGCGGCGGGGCCCGCCCCGCCCACGGGGAUCGGCUGCGUGGACAUUGGGAAUCUGGUGGAGUGCAAGCAGGAGCCGGACAACGAGUUCGUGGAUCUGGAACAGUGCGCCGCCGCCUUGGAGAAGGACGCGGCGGCGAACGGGGCCGGUUUCCCGGGCUUCUCCGACUUCAUGGGUGACGACACGGGCGACGAGAUCAUCACCUCGGACCGUUCAAGGAUCUGAUCUCGGAGAUAUCCGACUUGCAUCCCGAGUUCAUGAAGGAUUUCGACUUCGAGGAGAAGAUCCCGGUGGAGGCGUUGGCGGCGAGCAACGCGGCCGUGGCGGCCGCGGCCGCCGCCGCGGCCGCCGUGGCCAACAGCAACGGCGGCAACGGCAACAACGGGGCGGCGUGAACAACGGGGCCCAGGCCCCGAACAACGGCAACGUGGCCGCCAAUUCCAGCCCUGGCGCCCUCGCCUCCGCCCAAUACUCCCCCGCCAGGCUCCCCUACUCGGGCCUCGACUUCAAGUCCGAGAUGAGCCCAGCCGCCCAAACGUUGAAGCAGAUGGCCGAGCAACACCAGCACAAGAGCCAGCAAUUGGGCCUGGGCGGUUUCAAUCCUGGGGCGGCGGCGGCCGCCGCCGCCGCCGCCGCCAGGGGGCCGACCGCCCGCUCCCCAUACGCCGAAUUCCCCCAAUUCGGCGGGACGAACGACUAUCUGGGCAGCCCUGGGAGCGGCGCCGGUCCAGCGGGGCCCGGAGGGCAGGGGCAGGGGGCGGCUGGGAGCGGGUCGUAUCACAAGAACAACGGGGCGAGCGGGUUCCAGGGGCAGCAGGCGGGCGACAUGUUCGUCGGCUCCCAGACCCAGUUCGCGGCCGGGCUGGCGGACAUGAAGAGAGCGCAGCCGAGCGGCGGUGGGAAGCCGAGCAUGCUCGGGCCGAGCGCCGGUUACAAGCAGCAGUAUUCGCCGUACGGCAGCCCGGGAUCGAUGCCCAACCACGGCAGCCCUGGUUACCCGCUUCCGCCUAGGGGAUCCCAGGGCGGCGGACCCAAUCAGACCGGAUCCCAGGGAUCCUUCACUAGCUCCACGCCACCGAGGCCUCCCUCGGGACCGGGCACCUCCACUUUGCAAAUUAACCAGGCCCAGCAGUUACACAUCAACAAUCCUGGCCAUCAGAUUCAGGUGUCCGCGGGUCAGCACAUGCAGCUAACAGGCGAGCUGAAGCCGGGCGUGUCGGUGGCGGCCCAGCAAGGAAUGUACUUCAGCCAGCAGCAAACGCAGAACCAAUCGGCCGGCCAAACGGCGGACACCUACUGCUCGGUGUCGCAGUCCCAGACCAUCAACUUCACGCAGCAGAGCCUGAGGCAGAGGGCCGCUGCCGCUGCGGCGGGUGGCGUGCCCCAAGCUGCCGGCGCCGCUGCGCCACGCAACCAUCCCCAGCAAGUGCAGCCGAAUCAGGUGGAUCAACAUCAGCACGCGAAAAUUCUUCAACAGCAGCAGCUGAUGCGCGCCCAGCAGGUGAUGCAACAACAACAACACAUGGCCGGAGGAAUGGGUGGCGUGAGACCGCCACCACCCGAAUACAAAGCGGCUCAGGCCCAAAUGAUGCACGCUGGUAUCGGUAUGGCUCAACAGGCUAGGUUUCCCAAUACCGGGCCUAUGCGCAGGGUUACGCAACAACCUAUGCCACCUUCAGGUCCGAUGAUGAGGCCGCAAAUGGCGCAGCAACAACAACAGGCAUUGCACGCCGCCGGUGGCAAUAUGUACAUGGGCGGUGGUAGUAUGGCCGCGAUUGGCGGCAUGCAUCAAAUGCAUCAACGUCUUGGAUAUCCUAGGACCAACAAUCAACGGCCGCCUAACGUCAGCGUUGGCCCGCCUGAUGGCCUUGGAAAUAGCAUCGCUGGCCGUGGCGCCCAGCAGGAGUGGCGACACGUUCUCAUGCAGCAGCAGGGCUUUCAGGCGCAAAUGCGAUCGCAAUUUAAUCAACAAGGUCACCAAGGUGGAUUCGGUAUGGGUGGCACGGGUGGCAUGCAGAUGAACGCCGCACAAAUGCAGCAUCAACAGUUGAUUCGCUCACAGAGUGGAGGUAUCGCCGGCUCCGGUAUGGCCAACAGCACUCAGAUGCAGCAGCUACUGUCGCAGCAACACCAGCAGCAGACAUUAGCCAUGCAGCAGAGUAAUAAUCAGAUGUCACUGCAGAUGCAAAUGUCGCAGUCCUCAUCAGUCAACUCUGUCAGCAGUACUGGAACUGGUUCCCCUCUACACCCGCAUCAACAAUAUGGCGCUGGCAGUCCAGGAGUGCGCAGUUUGCCACAACAGCAACAGCAGCAUGCGCAACCGCCAGUCACCACUACCACGGACCCAUCCGUAACCGCGGCGGACUUUAGCCUCGAAUUUCUAGAGAAUCUUCCGACCGGAGACACGUCGAACUUCAGCGCUCAGGAACUGCUGAAUUCCCUUGACUCCACGGGAGGCUUCAACCUCGAUAUUCUGUAAGACCACGCCUAUCGCGGUCUAUUCGGAAAAUCGGAUUUUUAUUCACUCAAAGACCGGUUUAAAACGUAAAAAAAAAAAAAAAAAAAGAAAAAAAAGGAAAAAAAAGUGAAACAAUGACGAUAAUUCGUUCAUGCUUUAGGAUCGAUCACCCCCUUGAAAACAGAUACAACGUCCAUAAACAGACUCGCUUUAUGUCAGUGCAGCUAUAAUCUUCGUCGCGUGCUGUGCCGAUGAUUCGAUUAACAGUUCCUCGAGAUCGAUGAAUAACGGUGGGACGUAAUCGUCGCGUUGAAAGGAAGAAAAAAAUAAUUAGUAAAAGUUAGCAAACUCACCGAUUCGUGGAAUCUGAUCGUGUCAUUUCUUACUUUCUAUAGUAAGAAAGGAAUUAUAAGAGCGCGGUGAAUGGACUAUAAAUUAGUCGAAAGUAAACCAAAUGAAGUGAAGGGGCAACGAGAAUAAGAUUAUCGAUUUCCGUGUUGUGACGAGCACUUGAACCACGACGAUCACGUUUCUCUGAAACGCGCGUCCUAAUGAUCCGUUCAUCGAUUGAUAUAACUUCAAACGCACGGGGUGAUUUGAUCUAGUCGAACCGGA